AUGCCAAAACUGGCCCAAACCGUGAGAGACAUUCGCCGCGAGGCCACAUCCGCAAAGUGUGAUGAAGAUAUUGCUCGGUGUGUGGAGCAGGCCCCGUUUCUGGCACACUACGGUAGUUACAAAAAUCCGUACUUCCGUGUGCGGUAUGCUUCUGCGUCAGAGUUUCUCAGAAAGUUCUACUACGCAAAAGGAAGUUUUGAUUCUAUGAAGCAAUGUCUUCUGCGCGCGCUUGAUCUUCUAUCCCUGACAGAGAGCUUCCGCGAUGAAGUGGAGUGCAUGCAACUUGCAGAGCUUCGCAACACUGUGGCCAAAAACGGUUUGUGCAAGGCUGGCAAUCACGAGGACCUUAAAAGAAAACUUCUCGACCAUAUGCUGUCCAAAAUUGGUGGAUCUGAAAGGAAGGACCAGGAUGCCGGUGAGGAGGCAGAAAAAUCUGAAGCAGCUGCAUGCCCAAAAGCUGAGAAAUUGGAUGCAGACGGUGAGCAAAAGAGAACGCAGGGGAGCCAAAAGGAGCAGAGUGAAAAGAAGAAUAGCAAAGAGAAAGAAAAAGCAGACGAUCCGAAGAAUACAACCACCAAGAGAAGGCAUCUAUGCAAAUUCUUUGACCAGGAAGUGGUGAAUGAGCAGAUGCAAUUGGCACUGGAUCAAGAAAAAGAAGAUCAAAUGGCAAACAAAUACAACAACGAGAAGUUCAUUGUGGCGAGGCAGCUGCACGCGAAAUGGAUUACAUCCCGCAAAGAUGCUGAGCUGGAUCCUGAUUUAUGUGGUCUGGAGAUUGUUGGAACGAUCGGUGCUAUAUCCGACAAGCAGCCGCCCCAAGCUCUCCUUGCAAAGCUGCGCAGCCAUUUGCACUUGAAGGACAUCAUUUGGCUGAAGUUUCCCACGGUGUGGCAUGAGAAUCCCGAAGUUUGGAGCCUAUCGCACGACGAUGAUGACAAAGCUGUUCAGUGCGGACUGUGGACAAGCAAAGGUGGCAAGUUUGAUCGAUGUCAACUAGGUCAUGCCGCCCAACUUCAAAGGAUCAAGGAACUGGAAGAAGCGAUCAAAGCCGCAGUUUUUGAAUCUGCAGGAGCAACUGAGACACUGGGGACCAUGCAAGCCCGUCAGCAAGACACCGAGGUCAAAGCAGCAAUUGAAUCUUGCCGGAAGGUUCUCCAAGCUGCAUAUCCACAAGAACAUCGUGAAGUUGCUCUCUCUUCUCUGCUGUGCGUGGCAAAGUUCGACUACAGGGUUGCACACAUCAUUCGAUCAUUGGGAUACAACACACGGCAGAAGUUUCCUCCCAAUUUCGAUUUUGAGUCAGCCUGUAAAAAAACAUUCUUCCUCUUGAGUCCUUUCCUCCAACAAGUACAGGCAAGCCUGAAAAGGGGCAACAACGCCAACAUCGAAGCAGGCAGCGCAACUGCUUGGCAAGCUGUUGUGAAGCAGGAGUUGGCUUGGUGCGAGGAUACUAACUGCUUGAAAGAAGUGCUAGAGAAGGAUGAUAUUAUGGAUGCUAGGGGAAUAGCUGCGCGUGGGGAGGAGGAAGUGGCGAGCCUAGUGAAAGAAGCCAAGAAAAAGGCCCAUCCAGUGCAAACUGGGCGUCCAGUCACCUCAAAAAAUAAGAAGUUGGCACUUCUCAAAAGGAAAUUGAGCGAAAUGAGCCAGUCCACCGACUCGAGUGCAGGUGAAGCUCUGAGAAAGAUGGAGCAGGACGAAAAAGAUGAAGCUCCAGAUCACAAACAUGAAGUUGACAUUCAGAAAGGUGGCGGUAAGCAGAAGAAAGCAACCAAGAGAAAGAAGACCAAGAAAGUAAAGGGCAGGUACAAGCGCCAACCAGGGGAUGAGCUCAGGUUGAUAAAGAAGAGGGAAAUCGUUCGAUGGGGCUUGGCGAAUGAGGCCAAAGUGAAAGGAAGUAUUGACAAAGCUCUGCAAACCGAGUUUCCUGAGUAUACUUCCAGGAGAUAUACACACUGGAGAAAGGCUUACUUCGAAUUUGACUGGGAGAGCGUGCCAGAUCAGGUGGCGGCGAAAACCGCACAGGUCACGAACAAGCACAAAAGUACCCUGAAGAAUCGCAAUGUAAAGAUGAAGGGGCCUGCAGAAUCUUCGUACAAAUUGCCUUCCCGGGUGGAAGCAGAAAUUGCAAGGCAAGGUGCCUUCUUUUGGGUCAACAUGGACAAGGUGCAAGCUUUUUGCGAGGGAGGAAUGAAUGCAGAGCAGUUGGCAGACAGCUUAGCAGAGUUCCCCAAGACACUGCAGGCCAAAGACUACAAGCACAUGGCUCGCAAAAUGAAGAAAUCCAUGAACAUGACGAAACAGGUCACAAACACUGGACCCCUUUUCCUGAGCUGCAGCUCCAAUUCGCUCUCUGAUGCCUUUAUCUCAGAGAUGAAUGAGAAGGGAAGGGGACUCUACUACAUCCACAAGAACUUGAAUAGCGGCAGCCAUUUCAUGCAUGGGGAAAGCACUGUUAUGUACUGGCAAAGGCUACUGACGGAGGCAUUCGACUUGCGAAGAGAGAAGUUCAACUUGGAAGGCAAAAGAGGAAUGCUCGUAGCCGACGCAUUCACUGGCAACUUCUCAAAAAAAGAAGGCUCCUGGGAUUAUAGUAUGUACCGUACAGUACUGUACAGUACUGCGCUGCACAGUAUUGCAAUUGAAAAUACCACAUGCUGA